UAUAUUGACUUCUGUAACAAGAUCACAAACCUUUAGAGGCACUUGACCACUCUCUAAACAUAUCUGUUUUCAGAGGUAACAUGGCUAAUUUGGAUAUUCUGGAGAAGUGGAAGGUAAGCUGGUCUUAUCCUACCUCUUUGCUCUGCUUAUAUGGAUUCUUCAGUACUGUUAAACCUCUGGAGCCAUUCCUUAUUCCAUACCUGACUGGACAUGACAAGAACCUUACCAUGGAACAGGUGACUAAUAGGAUAUUUCCAGUUUGGACAUACUCUUAUCUGGCUGUACUGGUCCCUGUGUUCCUGCUCACUGAUUGGCUGCGCUACAAACCUGUGGUUGUGUUCCAGUGCACCACCUUGUUUGUUACCACAGCUAUGUUGUUGUGGUCACAAGGUGUUGGGGAGAUGCAGGCUAUGCAGUUUGUGUAUGGAGUGGUGACAGCCUGUGAGGUUGCCUAUUUCUCCUACAUCUACAGCGUGGUGGAUUUGCAACACUACCUUAAGGCCACCUCAUACUGCCGCACAGCUCAGCUACUGGGCUACACUGUGGGCUCUGUGCUAGGACAGAUUCUGGUCUCCUUUAGCCUACUGUCCUAUUACUACAUACUAGUACUCACACUAGUCCUAAUCUCUGUUGCACUGGUGACCUCAGUUUUCUUGCCAAUGCCUAAAACCAGCAUGUUUUUCCACCAUAAAGAUCAGCAUGGUGGGAAGAGAAGUAAUUUAAAUGGUCAAGGGAGCAUUGGUAGAGGAAAGCCAAUUGAAAUACCGAAGGUAGAAACAGAUAACAUUGAGACUGCUGGAGGUUGUGACAUUGCCAGUGUACAGGACUUUCCUGAGCUUAAAGGGAAAGAUUCACAGGCGAUUCAGGAAAUAAGUCUGAAGAGCUCUGGAGCAGAAUCCAGUCCAGCAGCAGCAGAAGGUUGCUGUGUAAUUGCACUGCAACUGUGGCAGGACUUCCUACAAUGCUACUCCACCCAGAAAAUGCUGUACUGGUCAGCAUGGUGGGCAAUGGCCACCUGUGGCUACAACCAGACAGUCAACUACAUUCAGGCUCUGUGGGAGCAUGCAGAACCAUCCAGCAACUUUACAGUCUACAAUGGUGGAGUGGAGGCUGUCUCAAGUUUGUUUGGUGCUGCAGCAGCAUAUGGUAUUGGCUUUUCCCCCAUAGACUGGGCCCGAUGGGGUGAGAUGGCUCUUGCUUCUCUCUCUGGCCUUGGAGGUGGUGCUCUCUAUGUUAUGGUCUUUACUGCCAACAUCUGGAUUUGUUAUGCUGGUUACAUCAUCUUUAAGAGCCUGUACAUGCUCCUCAUCACCAUUGCCAUGUUCCAGAUUGCGGCAGGGCUAUCUACAGAGUGCUAUGCCCUAGUAUUUGGGACAAACACAUUCAUUGCUCUCAUCUUGCAAACAAUUCUUACCUCUGUUGUGGUGGACAGCAGAGGCUUUGGCCUGGACAUUGUCUAUCAGUUUAUCAUAUAUGGGACCUAUUUCUUCUGUAUUGCCCUUGUUUUUUUCCUGAGAGGUCUGUACAGCACAUUAUACCUGCAGAGUGCUGAAAAGGGAGGGGCAGCAGAUGAUGCACCACAGAGCACAACCAUAACUAAGCCAGACACAGACACCUGUGGCAAAGGAAAGUAAUCAAACAUGCAUGCCCACAUAUAUGAGGUAAAGCUGUUAGCAGCCAUAUACUUAAUUUUUCCAAACAUGACACCAGGUGGUGUUUUAUCAAUAGGUGCCAAAAAGGCACAUCCUCAUUUUGCCAAGUUCUGCUUGUCUGGAAGUCAAGAUUAAUUAAGUUCCAGGGCCAACAAAUAGUACUAUCCAAUCAAAAUAUUUUAACAUUUGACAUUUCUGUGAUUCCAAUGUUUUUUUUCUGAUAGACUUAAUGAAAGCUAAGCUAAUAUAAAAGCCUUUUGAUCCUAAUAAUGACAAUGAUAUAAUUAUGGGUGGUAUCUGUAGCCUAUCUCUUUAAUUAGCAAAAUGCUGUGUACUAAGCAAGCUAGUAAAUGUCACCUACAGGAAUACAAGCUGAAGUAGUAGUUUGCUUGGUCUAUAACACUAUGGUAACACUUUAUUUUA